AUGGCCGACGGAGUUUUCGGCGAGACUAUGGAGCUGCUCUCCGGGGAGCAGUCUCAAUAUCCCGCGGACGAUCUCGGAACUGGCUAUAAUUCUGCCACUAUGCUUUGCCGGACACGCCGGCCGGCUUGUGGUUGGGAAGUCGACGUGGCGGGGUUCUCAAGCCCUCUAGGGCUGAGAUGCAGGGGUGAUACAUGCGAAUGA